AUGUCUGCGAAUGGUAAACAACAAGGCAGCAAGCAGACCAAUACUGCUGGUGCUGGCAAUUCAAACGCUAGUGGGAGUGGAACCGGAAAUGCAAACUCCAGUGUAAAUUCAAAUGCAAAUGGUGGGAAUAGUACUUCAGGAAGCUCGAAACCAGGGUUUUCUGCAUCUGAUCUAAAUAGGAUUGUGUUGGAAUAUCUUAACAAGAAAGGUUAUCAUAGAACAGAGCAAAUGCUUCGCGCAGAGUCAUCCCGUACACUGACCCCUCCAAACAAACACUCGGCAGCGUUAAACACGAUUCCUUCUUCUGCAGCUCCCACAGGAACGUUGGGAAAUAGUGCCGCUGCCAAACCGGUGUCAAAUCCAUCUAUGCCGUUAAAGAGAGACAACAAUGGCCAAUUGAUCAAGCCACAGCAAGUUACAGCUCUGCAUUACUUUAGAGCAUACUCCAUGUUAAAAAAUUGGAUUGAUUCUUCUUUAGAGUUGUACAAACCAGAGCUAUCGCGGAUUAUAUAUCCUAUUUUCAUUUACGUUUUCUUACAAUUGGUUAUGAAGGACCCACUACAAGCUAGAAGAUUUUUCGAUAAGUACUCUGUUGAUUAUAAAGCGUUGCACGGAUCAGAGAUCAACAGAUUGUUUAGUGUCAACUCCAUGGAUCACAUCAAAGAGAAUGAACUUGCACAAGGAUUCCAAACAAACAAAUAUAAAAUAACAAUAUCGAGAACUACCCUCAAUCUUUUACUUUACUUUUUGAAUGAGAAUGAGAGUGUAGGUGGUUCAUUGUUGAUCUCCAUCAUCAAUCAGAAUUUGGAUCCCAAUAUUGUAGAUGUUGUUAAGUCGGAAGACAUAUUGACUGAUGGAAUCAAAGAUAUUUCUACCGGUGAUAUCGAUGUUGAUACUUACAAUUCCGUUCCGGUUAAAUUAGGACCAUAUCCAAAGGACGAAGAGUUUACAAAGGAGGUCGAAAUGGAAUUACAGAAAAAGGAUGAACAAGAAGCAGCUGAAAACAAGGAGAACCCUCCAGUAAAGACCUUGGUAGAAGAAUAUAGAGAAAUGAGUGGUAAUCAAGGCGUAUCAGAAGCAACAAGCGAUGAAAAAAGUCACAAGCCUGAAAAAGAACAUAAAGAUGAAGAAACAGAAGAUGUCAAAAAUUCUAUAGAUGAAAAUGGAGAGAAGGACGAAAAGAGAACAUCAACACCUACGGCGGAACCAUCCACAGUGGAAAGAAAAAAAAGAGAUGCCAAAUCUAAGGAUGAGGAGGAUAAACUAGAUAACCCUGAGGGUUCGAUGAUGGAAUCACCACCUAAAGACGCUCUUCCCCUACCAGUGAAAACAACGCUAGACUUGAAAAUUGAAAUCCAAAAAGUCAGAGAGAGUAGAGACGCUAUCCAAUUGAAGAAUCUUCAGAGUUCUGCUCCAAGUGUGUGUCUGUAUACGUUCCACAACACCAAUGGCAAUAUGACUUGUGUGGAAUUUAGUGAUGAUGCAAGGUUUACAGCCGCCGGUUUCCAAGACAGUACAAUUAAGGUUUGGUCUCUAGACGGUUCACCAUUACAAUCAAUACUUCCUUCGAAGGCAAAAGAUAUAACAAACUCUGUUACAUUGGUGGGUCACAGCGGUCCAGUCUAUUCAGUUGCUUUCAGUCCAGAUAAUAGAUAUUUAUUGAGUGCAUCUGAAGACAAAACCGUUAGACUAUGGUCCCUAGAUACUUUCACAUGCCUUGUUUGUUAUAAGGGCCACAACCACCCAGUAUGGUAUGUUAAAUUCUCACCACUAGGUCAUUAUUUCGUCACAGCGUCUCAUGACCAAACAGCAAGAUUGUGGUCCUGUGAUCAUAUCUAUCCAUUAAGAAUAUUCUCUGGACACUUGAAUGAUGUCGAUUGUAGCACUUUCCAUCCAAAUGGAUGUUACGUGUUUACUGGAUCUAGUGACAAGACUUGUCGUAUGUGGGAUAUUCAAACCGGGGACUCCGUUAGAUUAUUUUUAGGUCAUACGUCUCCAGUUACUGCACUAGAGGUUUCUCCAGAUGGAAGAUGGCUAACUACAGGCAGUGAAGACGGUACUAUUAUUGUAUGGGAUAUCGGUACAGGUAAAAGAAUCAAGCAGAUGAAGGGUCAUGGUAAGAAUCCUAUCUAUUCUAUAACUUUCAACAAAGAGGGGAACUGCUUGGUUACCGGCGGUGCUGAUCAGAGUGUUAGAGUUUGGGACAUCAAAAGGUUUACUAACGAACCGGGUAUGGAACCAGAACAACAUUUCAAUACUUAUUCGGGUGAUAUGGAAUUAAGUGUCAAUAAUGAUAUCAAGGAGUUUGGGCGUAGACGGACAAUAAUACCCACUCAAGAUUUGAUGGCUUCAUUCCAUACUAAGAAGACUCCCAUUCAUAAGGUUAAAUUCACGAGAACGAAUUUAGUCCUAGCUGGUGGUGCAUUUAUUGAGUAA